UUCCCUUUUUCUUGUUGUAUCCAAAGAGUCUACAGCUUUUCUCCCCCAAUCUCUCGUUUACCCUAAAAACACCCAGAUGUUUACUUUCCUACAUAAAUCUCUCUACUUUCUCUUUCUUCUUUCACUUCCCUCAAUGUCUUUCUCUCUCUUUCUUUGUAUUCCCUCAUUUUCAUCUUCUUCCCCUUCAAGUCAAUUAUCCUUUUCUUUCUUUGUCCCCAACUCCCUUAUCUUUCCAGCAAAGUUAUGAUCUUUUACAAAUUAAUGGCUUCCAUUCUUGUUUUGUAAUGGAAAUACUUAAAACUCAAUCUGGGUUUUAAAAAAGUGCUUCAGGUUUAUCUAAUGGCCGACAUUUUUGACAUCCAUGAAUCUUCUUCACUACUUCUAUGCGAUGAGAACAAAGAUUUAUGCUUUGAUGAUCUUGAUGAUGAAGGUGAUGUUGAUGGUGAUUGUGGGUCCAUUGAUGAUGUUGAUGAUUAUCAUCAUCAUAAACCCCCUAAAAAGAACAAUAUUAUUAAUUCCAUUUUCAAUGAGAUUGAAUCACAACCGUCAAUUCAUUUUCCUGAACAAAGUGAUGAACUUUUUGCUUUAAUGUUAGAAAAAGAAAAUGAAUAUUUUCCCCAAAAUGAUUACUUAAACAGAUUAAGAUGUGGGGAAUUAGACUUAAGUAUUCGUAUUGAGGCUUUGGAUUGGAUUUUCAAGGCUCAUUCUUACUAUAGUUUUGGACCAUUGAGUUUAUGCUUAGCUGUGAAUUAUUUGGACAGAUUCUUAGCAACCAAGGCACUACCAAGUGGUAAAGCUUGGGCAGUGCAAUUACUAGCUGUGGCCUGUUUAUCAAUUGCAGUCAAAUUAGAAGAGACUAGUGUUCCUCAGUCAGUAGGAUUUCAGGUAGGAGAUCCAAAAUUUGUGUUUGAAGCCAAAACAAUACAAAGAAUGGAACUUUUUGUGUUGGACACCUUAAACUGGAAAAUGAAUGCUGUCACUCCAUGUUCCUUCUUAGAUUAUUCCCUCAAGAAAUUGUGUGAUGCUCAUAAUGAGAAUACUUACCUUUCUUCAUCUAGUAAUGUUGUGAAUAGAUCAAUGGAGCUCAUCUCUUGCACAAUUAAAGGUAUUGACUUCUUGGAAUUCAAGUCAUCAGAAAUUGCAGCUGCAGUAGCUGUGUUUGUUACAGCUGAAAUCCAAGCUUUGGAUAUUGAUAUGGCUAGUUCUUGUUUCAUUCAUUUGGAGAAGGGUAGAGUUUUGAAGUGUGUGGAAAUGAUGAAGAAUAAUUCAGUGAUUAAUAGGAAAAAUGGAGGGAUUGUAGGAGUGGUGCCUCAGAGUCCAAUUGGGGUGUUGGAAGCAGGUUCAUUUAGCUAUAAAAGUGAUGAAUUAACUGCAACAACUGUGGUUGGGUCAUGUGCAAAUUCUUCUCAAAAUACAAUCACAAGAAGCCCUGCAACUAAAAGGAUAAAAUUAGACACAACAUCUAGGAUGGACUCCUAAUCAUUGUUCAAAUGAUAGACUCAAAAUCAGAGUUAGAGUCGUCAACUCAGUAUAACCCACAAGUUAGGAUCCGGCGAGGCAAAUGAGACACUAUUCAAGUUUUUUUUUUUGACAAAUUUUGGUUUGAGCAUCAGUUUUGGUUGAAUGAGAGCUAUGGUGUGGUUUUUGUAGAGGUGGGUUUCUCUAGAAAAAUAAAACAAAGGCAUAAAGCCCCUCUAAAUCUACACACAUAGACACACUAGAUGAGACACAGUUGAGAAUAAAGUAGGGAUAAAAAGACACAAAAAGGUUUUAAGUGUGAGACUAAAAUCUUAAUGAACUUCAGACCCUGCUCAUAGUUUAUAUGGGCCAGAUACAUUGGGUUCUAUAAUAACUGAGUUCUUAAUGAAGUGAAUUGGGGUUGGAACAUAGAAAUGAAGAGGGUUUCAUGCAAGAACAUGAUGAUGAUGAUGAUUACAUGGGUAGUCAAUGGUGAUUAAGAUCAUAUUCAUGUUGAUGGCUAGACAAAUUUUAGUGUUUGGAAAUACAAAUGUUUUUGUUAUUUUUGUUGUAGAGUCCUCUCUAUGAGGGUAAACAAAGAGGGUGGAACAAACUAAAAUAUGAAUUGGGUUAUUUUCUUUUUUUCGUUUAUUGGGGAAAGGUUUCUUUUUUAUAUUAUUGGGGGAAAGGGGUAUUGGUUUAUUAAAACAUGCUUUCAAGAUAAAGCUUAGUAGAUGUCUAUCAAUCUCUUGGACAAAAAAUAAGAAAGACAAAAAUAGUGAACCACAAGAGGAAGUAGUGAUCUUUUAUUGGUAUAAUUAUAAACUUCCUUCCUUUCAUAUUACUUAUUACAUUUUUUUCGUUUGCUUUCGAAUACUUGCUAUAUUACUAUGUGUCAUAAAUCUUAUCUAAUUGUAUGUUAUUUUUACUAAACACUUUAUUAGCUCUUAUACUUUAUUAACUAUUAUUGAAGAAUAGUAAUGAUAUUUUGCUACUAAUCAAUUAUUUCUCUAGUGCUUGGGCCACAUCAAAAUAGUGAAGUAUUAUAGGGUGGAGCUAGUGAUUAUAGUCAAUAGUCAUUGUAGUUGAAUUUAAUAUAUUCCUCGUUUCCUUGUGUAGUAAAAUUGGUAAACAAAAUAAUGAAUUGUAUUCUAACCA